UCUGUCACAGCCAUGUGUCUCUCUGGACUGCUGGCUGUGGUUUUGCUGGCCCAGAACACUGGAGGUGUGUUUGGAGACAAGGCAUGGAGCUACAUUGUGGGAGGGGAGGAUGCUCAAGAGGGCGCCUGGCCGUGGAUGGCUCACCUCAACCUGAGCGACGGCACAGUCAGGUGGCGCUGCGGUGGCUCCCUCCUGACUGAUCAGUGGGUGCUGACAGCUGCAAGAUGUGUGGACCAACGGAGCAACAUUCUAAUGAGAAAAUCAAUGAUUUGGCUUGGCUCGCACAAACUGAGGGGGCCAUCCAAAUUUUUCCGAGGCAUUUCAAGAGUGGUCAUCCACCCGUACUACCGGGUCCAGGCCAGCGGCUACCUGAACGACAUCGCCAUGCUUAAGAUGUCCAAAAAGGUCACCUUCUCAGCGAAAGUUGCUAAUGUUUCUCUAAGCACCGUCGAGGACACCUUUGAUUCAUCAUCCGAGUGUUGGCUCACUGGCUGGGGCAACAUUGGGAAAAACAUCCCACUGCCAGGUGAAGAAACCCUGCAGCAGCUGAAGAUUCCCAUUAUAGAUCAAAGUGAGUGCACGGCAGCAUAUCCUGGCCUGACUGAUGAGAUGAUGUGUGCGGGGUACAUGCAAAGCAGAAAGGACGGCUGUGAUGGAGAUUACGGCGGGCCCCUUGUCUGUCGUACAACUAGUGGUUUUGUGCAGGUGGGCGUCUUGAGUUAUGGGGCUUCUGGAGGUUGUGCCCUUGCAGGUCUCCCGAGCGUCUACACCCGAGUGGCUCAGUACCUAGACUUCAUACGUGAAACCAUUGAGCGCUAUCCUUAGCCCUCAGCUGACCUGUAGACCGCUCAGAGGCUGAGCUGCAUGACGUGGACAUCUUUCACCGCUUCAGCUUCUCACUUGCAUCAAUAACUAGGAAAAUUCUCCUGUGGCUCAUUGUAAUUCUGCUGCAAUACCUUCCACUGUGUAAUGAUUUGCCAUAAAUAGUUAACAUCUGCUCUUUCAUUUAGCCCAAUUCAAGCUCCCAGCAAUAAAACCUU